CCCAGGAAUGGCCUCACGUCCUGUUGUGAAACUUUCCAGAGAGUCUGGUAUUAGGGUGUCUUCUAGCUGUCCUAGUAGCCCAGAGAAGCCGUCAGGGCUGAGCUCGAAGGAUGAGGAAGGCUGGGCUCUGGGGACUCCUGUUGGUGUUCUUUGUCUCAGAAGUCAAAGCUGCCAUUGUCCCAGAGGAAGAAAGGUAUGAUCUAGUUGAGGGCCAGACCUUGACAGUGAACUGUCCCUUCAACAUCAUGAAGUAUGCCAGAAGCAGGAAGGCUUGGCAGAGGCUAUCAGCUGGGAAGGAACCCUUGACCCUGGUGGUCACAGAGAGGUCCUCUACAACAUCCAGUGAAGUCCGUGUGGGGAAGUACACCCUGAAAGAUGACCCUACCGAGGCCAUGUUAUUUGUUCAAAUGACUGACCUUCAAGUGACAGACUCUGGAUUAUAUCGUUGUGUGAUUUACCAUCCUCCGAACGACCCUGUUCUGCUCUUCCAUCCCGUCCGCCUGGUGGUGACCAAGGGUUCUUCAGGUGUGUCCGUUCCUGACAUCAUUCCUACCACAAAGCCGACUGAGGUUCCCGUCCUCAUUACCACAAAACACUCAACUCCAACCCGAUCCCUACCCAAGUCCACUGCUGUUGUUUCCUCUCCUGAUCCUGGAGUCACCAUCAACAAUGGGACAGAUCCUACGAGUGUCUCCACAUACAAUGUUGUUGUUCCCGUGGUCUGUGGGCUCCUCAUCAAAACUCUGAUCUUCUUCGUCUUAUUCGUUGUCACAAAGAGGUCAUUUGGAUGACAGAUCUUGAAGCUACACAAUAGUGACCUUCAGCCAUGUCUAUCUCACAGAAGGAGCUGACAUGGGGGGGGGUAUAGAGGAACUGUGACACGAAUUGAGCCUGUAAUCAUAGGUGACAUCUAAGGCUCAGGAUGUCCCCACCUGGUCCUGCCCACCCUCCUCAUCUCAUCCAUCAUUUAGGGAACAUGUUCUGCACCCUCAGGAAAGAGGAACCAAUUCCUAGAACACUCUGGUCUUUCCCCCUUAAUAGGUGGGUUUGUCUGAAAUAAAGACAGAGCAAAGUACUUCUCCCUGUCUCCUUUUGGGGCAGUCAUGAAGAUUAAGGUUUCCAUGCUAUCCCCAUCCCUUGUCCUUCCCCUGGACCGUACAAUUCUAGCCACCUUGGCAGGUCCCUUGCUCGUGAAGCAGCCUGCUCUCCCACCUCUGGGGCCUUCUGCUCUGGGAGUCAGACACUCAGAUUUCUGCCUUCACCUGUGCUCCUCGGAACACUCCCAACCAUGGAUCAAGAAGACAAGAUCCCACCUUGACAAUAAUGCAACUGGGAGAGAGGAAUCAAGAUAAACUGGGAAACUGCUGUUUCCUGGGAAACACCUAGAGAAGCAGAUGGCAUCUGUAGGUUUGGAUCAGUACAGCACAUCAACAUGCUGUGUUCAUUUUAUCAUUGACUCCUCAGUGCAUCCCAUGAGCAUCAAGGAGUGUGUGAGCAGAGUGAGGCCGCAGGAGUGAGGCCAUCACCUCUUGUCAAGAAUGAAAUGUAGAGAGCUCCCUUGGAGAGACAGGGAAGUGGAGGCUCCAAAGGCAGGGGGAUGGAGAGCCAGGUUCUGCUCUAGCUGAAUGCCUUUUUGCCUGGACUGAGGCAGGGGCCAGCAUGACAAGGGUCCCAACCCAAGCUGUCCCCCUGUGUGCCUCUGCCUCCCACCCACCUUCCUUCACCUCUCAGUCUCCUCCCAGGUACUCUAUGACUCCAGUGCUUUCUCUGGGACAUAUCAGCACUUUCUUGUUCCCACCUCUUUGGGCUCUACAGACAAAGUGGCCCCAUGGGGCAUGGGGGGAGGAUCUUACAUGAGCUCAUUCUAUGUCAGCAAUGGCUGGAGCCAACUUCAUCCCAAGGUUCCCAAGAGCAAACACAUCACCACAUAGCAUCCAGCUCAUGUGAUCUCCAGUGGUGCUCUGGGACAACAUUUGAAGUACUGAUACAGACGCUGUUCACGUUGCUAUGUUUGCUUUCUGACUGGAGAGCGGAGUAGAGGUUUAUUGCCCAGUGGGUAAAAUGCUUCUUGAGAAAGCCUGGAGACCAGAGUUCAAGCUAUAAGAGCAAUGUAAAAGAAGCUGGUUAGGGUGAGCCUGCCUAUUAUCUCAGCCCUGGGGAAGCUGAAACAGCCAGUUCCCUGGGACUUGGGGAUCAGUUAGAGAACAUCUUCUGGUCAGUGAGAGACCCUGUGUCAAGAAGAACAAAACAAAAACAAGGAUAACAGCACACACACACACAGAGACGCAGAAGCACAUACACACUUACACACUUACACACACACACUUACACACACACUUACACACACACAUACACACUUACACUUGCCACACCCACUCCAGUAGAGUCUGUAUGACAUGAAGCUCUUGUGCUUCGUUUCUAUCCAGAACAGAGGCCUGUGCCUGGAAUGGCUUGGCCUCCUGGAGGUCCCUGGCAGUCUCCCUACAAACAGAUGAUGACUAGGGUCUGUGCUUGCAGUGGAGGUGCCUUCUGUGUUUUAGCCUUCGUGAUCUUAGCAACUUUAAGCCUGUCAACAAUAUCUGAUUUUAAGAAUAUAGCAGUGUGGGAAGAUGGUCAUGUACCUUUAGAUGUCUCAGGAACUGAAAGUUCAGAGAUGGAAACAUCUCACACCAUCAUGAUCCUGAUAAACUCAACGGCUGCAAUGAAUACAACUGCUGCACCCAUUAGUUCCCAGCAAAUAGGAGAGAAAUUAAUUACAGUUACUAACAACAUGGCUGUUCCAGAAAAGCCUUUCCCCCCUUUUGGGAAAGUUUUGUUUCGCAUGAUUCAAAUUAGUAAUGAUUCUUCUAGGAAGAUCAUAGACAAGUUCCAACAAGUUGGACAAACUUAUCAAGAGUUAACUAGAAGAAAAAGAGAAGCUAACAUUGAGCAAGAAGUGAAAGAAAUUAUAAAAUGGUUACAAAAGUUUCCAUAUUAUUCUGAGGGGCCAUAAAUAUAGAGUUUAAACUUUAUUAUGACAAAGAUAAACGAUGGAUGCAUGCCUGGUGCCCACAAAUCUGGCAGUAUAGCUGCAGUUUUUUUAAACUAUUGUUUGCAGCUGAGAACUGUUUCCUAGACUGUAUGUUUAGCUUUCCUCUUUGCAAGGGACAUUGGUGUGGUAAUGAAUAAGAGCUGGAUGACUGCCAAUUAUGAUGUACCUGUUGUAACUGCUUAAACAUACGCCAAGAAGUAAAGCUUAUUGCAGCAGUGCACACCUCAA